AUGCCACUACAGCCACCGCCAUUGCUGCCUUCUCCAUCCUCCUCCCACUGUCUUACUCAUCCGAAUCGAUUUUGGACCACCACCACCACGACACCUCCUCCUCUGUCACGCAAUCAUCUUUUGGAGUUUCCUUUGAAUUUAGAGUAUCUGGAAGCUGAGUUCUUUUUGUAUGGUGCUUUCGGGCAUGGCUUGGAUACAGUUGAUCCGAGCUUAACCCUAGGAGGUCCAACUCCCGUCGGUGCUAAAAGGGCACAUUUGGACCACUUCGCUAGGGAUUUCAUCACGCAAUUUGGAUGGCAAGAAGUUGGACACUCGAGAGCUAUUAAGAAAACUGUGAAGGGUUUCCCAAGGCCAUUGUUGAAUUUAAGUGCAGAAUCAUUUUCUCAUGUAUUUGAUUCUGCAUUUGGGAGUCCCUUAAAUCCACCAUUUGACCCUUAUGCAAAUUCAAUCAACUAUCUCCUUGCAUCCUAUCUCAUUCCUUAUGUUGGUCUCACUGGCUAUGUUGGUGCAAGCCCUAUGCUCCAAGGUGCAACUUCCAAAAGGCUAGUUGCAGGUCUUUUGGGCGUGGAAUCAGGCCAAGAUGCAGUGAUUCGAGCAUUGCUAUAUGAGCACGCGAACCUGAUAGUGAAACCGUAUGGUAUUACAGUGGCUGAGUUCACAAAUCGCAUUUCAAGCCUAAGGAAUAAGCUAGGACGCACAGGUUUGAAAGAUGAAGGCCUUGUGGUUCACGAAUACAGAGGUGCUCAGGGAAAAAUCAGCGGCAACAUUCUCGCUAGAGACAAGUACUCAGUCGUAUAUGGUAGCGGUGAUGAACGUGUCACUGGCGGUAUCUACCCUAAAGGAGCUGACGGCCGGAUUGCUAAAUCUUAUUUGAAAAAGGAAUAGAACCUGAACAAAUGG